AUAUAACAUCAUCAUCCUCGCAUACAACCGCCCUUUCCCUGGGAAACAAUGAGGCAGGCUUGAGCGAUUGGAUAUCUGAUAAACGCGAGCUGUUCCUGGGCUGUCAGAUCCGGGGCACCCAGCAACGACGCACAGAGCAUGCGGAAAAAAAUGUGAGCGCUCGUCUCCUCCUCUUCAGCCAGCCCCUAUUCAGUCAAGAGGUGUUGUCGUGGUGGGACGGCGUUUUGCCAGGAGUAAAGGGACAGUUUUACUGCAAUGCUUUCUCCAUAGCUCCGAGUGAGAGCAAGUUACCCGGGAGAAAGGGUGUUGCCUCGCUUUUGCCUGGCCGCACCGUGCACUAGCAACGUCCAUGCACGUUUGCUUAUUUGAAAUUGGACCGAGCCAAUUGAGGACGUCGAGGCAGGUGUGCGGUGUCAUUCGGAAUUGUUCUUGGUAGACGCUGUCCAUUUUCCCGUCUCAUAUCAGAUUUGUAUGGACUUUAAUUCCGGUCAAGCAGGCCCCUGUCGACUAGGUUGAUACAGUAUUUUGUUGCAGAGCGAAUUUCUUCAGAUGUCUCCGCGUUCGCUUUGAGGAACGGACAGACUACUCUGGAUUUAAAGCCUGAGGUGGAGUGUGGAAUUGUGAUCGCCGAUGUCCGUCUAACCCAAAUAAGUCUCCCUGCUUUUUGAUUUUUAUGACGGAAAGUGUACCCAGCGACGGUAGAACUGUUAGGAGAACUCUUCAACAUGAAUACAGAUAGCGGAGGACACACUCGCAAAAGCACCGCCUUGCUAGUCACCCGCUCCCACAUGAAGCGGGUCCAGAGUGUCCCGAAUCUGGCUACAGGGAGCGAGUCUCACUCGUCAGAUUCAGAUGCUUGGAGGUCACGCAGCACCGAUGGCCUAAGGAACGGCGACGACAUCACUUCCUCCUUGGCCGCGAAGGGCUUCCGCAGUGUCAGGCCCAACCUGCAAGACAAGAGGUCCCCCACACAGGCUGUCAAUCAGUUCCCCCUCCCGCCCCCUAGGAGAGAGAGCUACCCCUCCCCCGCCACAGGCGCUAUCCCCCCCUCCUACAGCUCCCUCCUAGCCAAGACCCUUGGACCCGGGAUGCUGGCCCUCUCCAACGAGAAGGCCGUCCUCAAAGAGUCUUACACAGUCAAGAGCAGGUCUUCUUACUCCCACCACCAGAGCACAACCACCACUUCUGUACCCCAAUCUGAACCAGAACCCAACCCCAUCCCGAGUGGCACCAGCAAGGUCAAAGCCUCCACUGCUACUUCCUCCACCACCACCCAGCUUCAGGCUGCAGAGCGCAAGGUGUCCUCCCUCAGACUCACCCCCGUCACCAUCCCUGAUCCCCCCUCCCACCAGCCCAUCCCCCAGCCCGAGGCUCUCACCACCUCCCCUCCUCCCUCUAACCUUCCCCCCCAUAGAGACUCCUCCAUCGGCUCCCAAAGCCAUCACACAGCCUCUCUCUCCAUCCAGAUGGCCCCGCGGAGCCCCAAACCCCCGGGCUCCAAGGCCCCCACCCUAGCUUCUGACCCUGGGGAGGCCAGGAAGGUGAAAGGCCCCCCUCCAGUUCCACCUCGACCGGCCGAAGCGAAUGUGCUGGGCUCGCCUCCUCACCCCUGCUCCCCCGACCACAGUGCCCGGUGCUCCCCUUACAACCGCCACAGCGCCGACUCACUGGACUACCUGGCGGGCCUCAAAGCCCUGUUGCCCACUCCGUACGUCCCGUCCCCAUAUGCCACCUUGGAGCGCGGCGGGGGGGACCGAAUGGACAAAAUUGGCGUAGUCGGCGGUGUUAGCAUUAGCAUGGUUAGUGCUGGUGGAGGUAUGGGGGGCAGGUCACCCUUGCUCUCCCCCGUGACAGUGUCAGCGCUCAGCCAGUAUUCGUCCUCCACGGCAGGCCUCCUGGAGGAGCUCCAGAUCUGCAGCCUGGACUCCCCCGGCGUGUCUCCCUCACCCUCGCCCACCCUCAGCCACAUGUCGUCCACCACGGGCCCCGACGAGGCGCCACUGCUAACCUCCGCUGCUGCCACUAACGGCCAAGCUAUUCAAGUGGCAAUGAAUGGAGGUGCGCCCCACCCCCAGAGACCGUCCUCACCCCCGGCCUACCCCCAUCUCCCUGCCUCGUUCAGCCCAGGAGGAGUUCACGUGCAGAGUCGGAACGCAGAAGGUUCAGAGUCGGUGAUGUCGGGCCACACCAGCAUGAGCAGCACGGUGCCCAUCGCCCGCUUUUCAGAGGAGGAGAAGAGGGUGUCGGUCAUCAAGGCGCCCCACUACGAGGGCAUCGGCCCCGUGGAUGACACGGGCAUCCCCAUCGCCAUUCGCACGACGGUGGAUAGGCCGAAGGACUGGUACAAGACCAUGUUCAAGCAGAUCCACAUGGUUCACAAAGCAGAUGACGACUAUGCCGACGCGCACAACGCCACAUACACUGUCAUCGGUGACAGCGACACACAUGGUCAGUCCUCCAACCCCACCAUGGCAUACCCUCCCCCCAGGACACAAACGUACCGGCCCCUGGCCAAGAGUCCGUCGGGCAGCGGAAGCCCCGGGACCUUUAGGGAGCCCUCCCCCGUGCCUCCGCCACCCCCGCCCAUGCCCUCCCUCCUCCAGCUGAGGUCCAGAGACAGCGACCGGGAGCGAGACUCGCCCGACACCAUCAGGAAUCAGUGGGGCCCUCCCGAUAGGAAAGUGGACACUAGAAAGUACCGCGCUGAACCCCGGAGUAUCUUUGAGUACGAGCCUGGGAAAUCAUCCGCUCUGGAGCAGGAGAGGCCGACCUAUAAGCUAAACCCAGAUGACAUAGAUUUAGAGAACGAGCCUUGGUAUAAGUUCUUCUCCGAGCUGGAGUUCGGCCGUCCGCCUCCUAAAAAACGGCUGGAUUAUAAUCCAGACAUCUGCUCUGGCCGACUCACCGAGACGUCGCUGUACUUCACUCCCACUGCUGACCGGGUUCCAGAGAGGCCGGCGAGUGCUGCCAGUGACUACAGGAAGAGGAGGAAGUCGGAGCCUUCGGGUGACCAGGGCAAGAACCAGGUCUCCCCAAAACAACUGGACCCUUACAGAGGCAGCAGCACACUGAGGAAACCAGCCAUACGCUCCUUCCCCUCCUCCCCCUCCAGAGCCAAAGGUGGGGACGCGUGCGACAUGACCUGCUCCCCCCGUUUGAGCUCUUCCCCGGGCCCGUACCUCCGCUCCCCUCUCUCCCCCGUGCCCUCCAACCUCGCCCACCGUCGCGACAUCGACGGUGCCAACCCGGGGGCUGCCUCCUCGCCCCUCAAGCGCGUCACCUGCUUCAAGAAUGGCUGGCAGACGCGGCGGCAGGACGCCGAGACAUGGAGCAGCGCCGAAGACGCGCCGCCCGCAAAGCUGAGGUCGCGUAGCUGUGACAACCUGCUCAACGACGGGCACCCGGGCGGCACCGGCGGGCACAAGGCUACCCGUUCGGAGAGCGCCGGGUCACUGGUAUUCGACAACCCGUUGCGGCAAACCGCAUCGUCCUCUACCCGCUCCUUGCCUCGCCCGCACCGGCGACGUGCCCACGACGCGCCAGGCUUCCUGAAGCUCUACCGCAAGAUGCACCACAUCGACCGCGCCCAGCUGCUGCCCUCUGACGUCAUCCGCUCGGUCCGUGUCCGCAUCCUGGAGCUGGAGCGCCAGCCGCACCUCUUCCCCCGAAAACUCUCCCCCUGGGGGCCGUCGUGGGGCCUGGAGGUCCCUCGCGAUACGGUGCCAACGCGCAUCUCCACAUACGAGCAACUCAUCCAGAAGUCCAAGUCGAUGCCCGAUUUGGGAGAUAGCGAGGUCCCGUCUGGCGCAACCACGCCCGGCGGGUCAUCGUCCCGCGCCAGUAGUAGCGGGGGAGGAGGCGGCGGGGGCAGGGAGACACCCGUGUACCCCAAACGGCGUUUCUCCAUUGAGUCUCUGCUAGAGGAGGACAUUAACAAUGGGAACGGGACGUCCCAUCACGCUCACCAGGGGGCGAGGAGCCCGCCCGAGGGUCAACCCCGCCUCGCCCUGGACCCCCACAAUUUCCCCGACCCCCUCGUAUAUCGACGGGCCGCUGUCCCGGGGGCCGAGUACUCUGAGUCGGAGCAGGAUGCAGCCGCCUCGGACCUCAGUGACUUUGUCCAAGUCGAAGGAUCCUCCUUCUGCAGCGAGAGCGACUUCGACCACUGCUCGCUCACCUCGUCGGUCGAGAGCUUCUACGGCCCCUCCUCCCGCCACAGCCACAGCCACCACAACCCUAGUCAUCAAUCUCUCGGUCAGGGUCAGGGCUACCAGCACCGUCACCUCAUCAGCUCGUGUAAAGGACACUGCCCGGCCUCCAACACCCGCUUCACCACCAUGCUGCGCCACGAGCGGGAGAGGGCCCGCCAGGAGCUCCGGCAGAAACCCCCCCAGACACAGCAAACCAGACACGGGGGAAGGGGAGGGAGCGGAGGGGACCACCAUGCUCUACCCCCCUCGUCCCAAGCAGCCCAAACCCAGCAGGGGAUGUCCAAGCUGGCCUUCCUCGUCAGUCCUGUGCCUUUCCGGAGGAAAAAGGGUGAUUCUCCACCCACUUCGAGAAGGAGUAGUGGAGGUCGAAGUACCAGGCCCAAGUCUAAAGAAGCCGUCUAUGAAGCUUUGGAUGCGGCCUUGAGGGAUAUCUACGAACACAUCCAAGCGGAGCGAGGCCGGAGCGGCGCUAGGCAACCAGACGAUAGCAUCCUCCGGAGGCUACUGGCUGAGAUCCUCCCGGAUGUGCCCGAGAGGAGCUCCUCGUUACGGGGGCAGAGGGGGAGCCGCAAGGGGGGUCCCUCCUCGGGCUCCUUGUACCCCGACGGGAGUCCAGCGGUGUACGGCUCGUCGCCGCGGCUACAGUCGCCGCUAAGUGCCUGUUACAGUCGUCAUACCGACGCCUCCAAUAAUGACAACUAUGGAGAGGAGCCAGGCAACGGCAAUGCAGAGCAGGAUGCCUCCAGGGGGUACAGCACAACCACCAGCGACGGGGGAGGGGGGCAGACCAGACGAGCCACCCCGGACAGAGAGGUCUCCCAUAAGCAGAUGACCCAACUCAUUCUCUUCUCUCUCCUCCAUCAGAAACAGCCUGCCAGAGCUAUAUAUGACUUUAAGGCACAGACCACUAAAGAGCUGACGUUCAAGAAGGGCGACGCGGUCAACAUCAUCAGACAGAUCGACAGCAACUGGUACGAGGGAGAGCACCGCGGACGACUGGGCAUCUUCCCCAUCUCCUACAUAGAGAAGAUGCUGUUGCCAGAGAAACAGCAGCCAAUUAGGCCUCCUCCACCAGCACACGUCAAAAAGAUCGGGGAGGGGGUGGCCCGUUACAACUUCAACGCUGACACUAACGUGGAACUGUCGCUCCGCAAGGGUGAGCGGGUAGUCUUGCUGAGACAGGUGGACCAGAACUGGUACGAGGGGAAGAUUCCAGACACCAACAAGCAGGGCAUCUUCCCCGUGGCCUACAUAGACAUCGUCAAACGCUCGCCAUCCAAGAGCCCUGCCCCCUCCCACCACCCAGACCCACACGGCUACCCCAGCAACAGGACACCGGGCUCCACGCCCGCCAAGCCAUUCGACAGCUCUCCCACCCCCCCUUACCUCCAUCACCACCAUCCUCCUCGCUCCACGCCCCCCUCCCCCCACACCCCUCCUCCUGUGAAGACCCGCCGUCUGCAGGCCGCCCCCGGCGAGUGGCUCGUCCUCGGCUCCCCCUCCUCCGAUAGCCCCGUAUCACCCACGCCGUACCCCAUCCCCACGAGCCUCCUCCCUUUCCUGGAAGCUCAAGAACGGAGGGCCACCCCUCCCGCACCGCCCAAACGAGGGCUCACCCCUCCGCCCCGAAACGCAUCCAGUCGUCUCGCUGCCUCCAUCCCGGCUGUCAAGCAGUGGCUGUUUGACUUAGACUCCCCCCCCUCAGUCCCUCCGUUCUCUCCGCCCCCUCCUCCUGACUUCUCCUCUCCCUCCCCCGUGCUCGACUCCUUCCUGGGAUACCUCGAAGACAGGGGCCUAAGAGACAGUGAACAGAACGAACCACUGUCCCUAGCAGGCAGAGGGGGAUUCUUCUGCGCUGAACCCGAGCCGGCGGACACUCCCGCAGAUUUGUUGCCAUGGUACAGGCCAAGUGCUCAGCCAGUAUCCCUAGAACUAGAAACAGAACCCCUGUCUCUUCAGCAGCAAGUGGAAGAUCCCUAUGAUCAGUUGUUGUCUAUGAUCCUGGAUCAGCCCAUGUAUGACAAAGACGGGGGGGAGGUUCUCAGGCCGGCCGUGGAACCCCCGCACGUGGCACUGACCAACGAAUCACAGAGCAGGGUUAGCCUCGAGACGGAGUUUCAUAGGCCCGUGACUGCACAGCCCAUGUCCAUCACGCAGGACAGCCAAUCAAAAAGGGUGAAUAGGAGGACGGCGGGUUCUCAGAGGCCGAUGACGUUGUACAUUGAGGAAGAGGAGGAAGCUAUAGGAGGGGAAGAAGAAGAGGAGGAGGAAGAAGAAAGGAACAUUGAUGUAGACUGUGGUACUAUUACUGUCCACAGAGAGGGACUGAAAACAGAGGCUGAUGCCCGCUGUCACAGCACUUUGUGCAACCCGGCACAGUUAGAGCCCAUCACCCUCCUCCCUCCCCCCGUCUCUCCUCCCUCCUCACCAUCCCCCGCUUUUUACUCUGCCUCACAACCAGCUGAAGCCCUGGCUAUCUCUUCUUCCUCUCCUACACUGUCCCGUCUUUCUCCCCCUCCCCGAAUCCCCCUCUCCUCCACGCCACAGAUUGUGCCACCCUGCUCUCCUCCCCCCACUUCCCUCAUCUCUCCCGCUCACCUCUCCUCUCCUUCACCCUCCUCUCCACUUCUCACCUCUCCGCCUCCCACCACCUCACCCCUCCCUACCUCCCGCCCAUCCUCUACUCCUCCUCCCCCCACUUCUCACACCCCUCUCGCUUCCUCCCUUUUGGCCUCACAUCAACCCAUCCCACCCCUGGUCUCCCCUGCUCCCCCCCAUCCCUCUCCUCCGACCUCCCCCAUCCCUGAUACACAACAUGCGCUCCCUUUCUCCUCUUCUCCUCCUCCUCCUCCUCCUCUCUCUUCCUCUCCUUCUCCCUCCCCUCCACUCGUCCCCUUUCCAGAGCCCAGGUCCCCUAAGAUCAAGCCUCCCUUUAAGCACGACCUCCUCGCGGUCGACGGUAAACCCCCCCGUAGCCCUGUCGCGACCCGAAGGUCCUGUCUGUCGCCUGUUAGAGGUCGAAGGAGGUUUGUGCAGGAUUCGCUCCAUGGUGGAGGAGACCUGUUCCAGGCCCUGUACAACUAUCUGCCCCGUAACGAGGACGAGCUGGAGCUGAAGGAGGGGGACAUCGUGGAUGUCAUGGAGAAGUGCGACGACGGCUGGUUUGUCGGGACUUCCCGACGGAGCAAGCAGUUUGGAACCUUUCCAGGAAACUACGUCAAGAAACUGUAAUGAUGAAUCCGGUCCACCCCCGCACCCUCCUUACUUGGACCCUUCCAUCUCUAGCACAACCCAUAUUGGACACAACCAACCCGGAGUAAAGUUGCCCCCAGACACUGAUUUUGGUCAGUUUUGCACUUUCCCCACCAAUGGUUAAUUUAAGGUUAAGAUUGGGGGAGGUGGAGCUGACCCUAGGAUGACCUCACUACGACAGGUCAUCCAAGAAGCCUUGCUCAAGCAUGUGCGACAACGUCACAAAAAAAUAUUUUGUUUUAGCUCUAACUAGCCAACUCUAAAGGAGACUAUUCCACUAAUUAAACAAUUAUUUUCUAAAGGAUCGAGAAGCUGUAGAAGAAGAUCCAUACUUUUGAAUUCCUUUCACCUCAGAUACUGAAGGAAGGGUAGCCAAACAAGAUGGCCACCUUUAAAUGUUGACAUCUGCUUUUAUUUGAUUUAUUAGAUAUAUUUUAACCCAGUAAUGUAAUAACUUGCAUUGAUAAGUUGAUUGUGUAACAUUCAGAAAGGUCAAAUAUGGUAAAGAUAGAGUUAGAGAUGCCAAGUAAACUGCCACUCAGGAUUGCCUUGACUUCAACAUGUCAGCCAUCUUGGUUUUGGACAUGUUUUUUUCCCCUUUUUCCUCAGUGUUAAAUCAAUAGAGAACCCCCCCAUAAAUGUAAUACACCAACACAGGAACACUCACCUAUUUCUCUAGUGAAAAUGAUGAUGCAUGAUACCCGAAAGUGUUGCUGGAUACCACGGGAUAGGGUAAGAUGUGUUUGGAGGCAAAUGCAUUGCACCGGAAGGCUCUAGAUAUCUGCCCUCUAUGGGCCUACAGUCAAUUCCAGUUUCUCAUUUUAUAGUGUUUGCAAACUCUUAUAUGGGCGAGUUAUUUCAAAUGUGGAAUCGUCGAUAUUUUAUUUUUUAGCCCUUCUGUUUGAACAAUUACAGUACAUUUUGUACUUUAGAUGGGAAAUAAUAUUUAUAGAUUUGGGAUUUUAUUGAUCGAUGGAUUUGGCGAUUUAUCCUUAUUCUCACUUGAAAUGAAUGAGUAAACUACGGAUUUUACACGUGACAGCUAGAUUGGAUUGUCGAUAGGGCUUUAGGAGUUUGAUACCGUUGGAAAAACAUAUGCAAAAGCAACCCGUUUCCCCACUUUUCUUGUAUGUGAAGAUAUUUAUAGUGGGAAAAGUAUUGAAUAUUGAUAGGACGUCAUUUAGAUGUCUCCGUCCAUAAAUAUAACUUUGGAUAGAGCAACAUAAGUUUCUCAGCUUACUUUGUGUACUUUCUUCUAGUUGAAGUGGCCUAAGGUAAAGUGUGCUUUUGGCUCAUUUCAACCACAGCAAAAUCCCCUUGCCAUGUUUAAGAUAACGAGACAAUAGCCUACAUUUGUUCCCAGUCAAGUCUGACAUUUACUUUUGUCAAUAUACAACAAACCUUCAGGUGUCAAUAACACAAGCCUCCUUUUUGAAAUUGUGUUAUUUUAUUCUAUGACGAGGUUUUCUUUAAGAUCGCUGUUGAAUACUGUAUUAGGAAUGACUUAGCUAAUGUUGUCGCCACAUUCAUUGCCUUUGUCCAAAUUGUAUGUUUUACUUCACUCUAAAUGAAUAUAAUCAGAUAAGCGGCGUAAUUUGAAUUAUAUAGUUAUCUUCCUGGCGUUGUUUUUUUUCUCUAGAUCAUUCUGACGGCGACCUUUUUACUGUCCGGAAUGAAUGAAACGAUUAGUGUCAAUGCAAUAGCUUGUUACAAUGUAUUUGAAUAACAUUUGUUAGGCAUACUUUUUGUGUUCAAUGAAUGUGAUUUUAAGAAUUUAUUUGGCCUUUUUUUCCCGUGUGUAAAUGAGUAUGUAUUCACAUAGGAAGGACACUGGCCGCAGAACAAUUGUUUAAGCACCUUAAUAUGUAAUUACUUUAUUUUUGGUUUCUGUCUUUGGUUGCUUUUGUUCUCGUUUAUUUUUCUCACCAUCCCCUUUUCAUUCACCCUUCCCUGGGUCGUGUUCAUUAGGGACCAAACAGAAGAAAGCUGACUACCUGGACAUGUCAAAUAAGAAAUGCAAAUGUUCGUGUUCUGUUGCAAACGUUUCCCGUUGCUAUCCCUAAUGAACACUACCCUGGCAUGUGAGAGCACUGCGUGUCUGUUGGUGCUGUUUUUUUUUUUUGUACGUCUUUUGUAUGCAGCUGUAAAUCGAUGACAUGAUCCACUGCUUUAUAAACUCUUAUUUUCUCACCCACCAUCCGUUUGGGUUGCCUUUUCUCUUUUCUCUCACAUUUUCACACCACCUUUUCCUACAUCCACCUCAAUCGCCCCAAACAGCCAUACAGUAUGCAAAAAAAAAA